GGAGGGAGAGAGGGAGGGAGGGAGGUCUCCUCAUGGAGUCGUCCGGGGCGGCGGACGUUUACCUCAGCGACGAGGCCUACGACCUCAGCUCGGCCGAGUCGGGCUCGUCGCUGCGCUUCUACAGCGACGCCGAGGGCGGCCCGGCCCCCCCCCCCGCCGCCCCCCCCGCCGCCCCCCCCCCCCCCCCCCGCCGCCCCUCCCCCCCCCCGCCGCCGGUCCCGGAGAGGAAACGACCCCCGCGCUACGAGGUGGUGACGGAGCUGGGCCCCGAGGAGGUGCGCUGGUUCUUCAAGGAGGACAAGAAGACGUGGAAGCCCUUCAUCGGCUACGACUCGCUGCGCAUGGAGCUGGCCUUCAGGAACGCCUGGGCCCGCGACGCCGACGACGCCGAGCGGCCGCCGCCCCCCGACCCCGUCUGCGUCCGCGGGGGUCUCUACGAGGUGGACGUGGCCCUCGGCGUCUGCACCCCCGUCUACUGGAACCAAACCGAUAAAAUACCAGUAAUGCGAGGGCAGUGGUUUAUUGACGGUACCUGGCAGCCUUUAGAAGAAGAAGAAAGCAACUUAAUCGAGCAAGAGCAUCUCAGCUGUUUCAAGGGUCAGCAAAUGCAAGAGAAUUUCGAUAUCGAAAUACCGAAACCCUUAGAUGGAAAGGACGUUGUCUACCACCUCCCUCCCUUCUCCCUUCCUUCUCUGUUCAAAUGGAGAGGAUAUAAGGAGAAUGCCGAUGGUGCAUGUCUUAAAAGAAAGCAUUCCCAAGCUGUUCAUAGUUUCAAGCUGAGCCGCAACCACGUGGAUUGGCAUAGUAUGGAUGAAGUGUAUCUGUACAGCGACGCAACGACGUCAAAAAUUGCAAGAACCGUUACCCAGAAGUUGGGUUUUUCUAAAGCUUCAAGUAGCGGAACCAGACUUCACCGAGGCUACGUAGAAGAAGCCACGUUAGAAGACAAGCCCUCGCAGACCACUCACAUUGUGUUUGUCGUGCACGGCAUUGGGCAGAAAAUGGACCAAGGACGAAUAAUCAAAAACACAGCCAUGAUGAGAGAUGCUGCACGAAAAAUAGAAGAAAAGCACUUUUCCAAUCAUGCAACGCAUGUGGAGUUCCUGCCGGUGGAAUGGCGAUCCAAACUUGCACUUGAUGGAGACACUGUUGAUUCCAUUACUCCCGACAAAGUACGAGGUUUAAGGGACAUGUUGAACAGCAGUGCGAUGGACAUAAUGUAUUAUACCAGUCCACUUUAUCGAGAUGAACUCGUGAAAGGCCUUCAGCAAGAGCUGAAUCGGUUGUACUCGCUCUUCUGCUCCCGGAAUCCGGACUUCGAGGCAAAGGGGGGUAAAGUGUCGAUCGUGUCGCACUCGUUGGGGUGCGUCAUCACCUACGACAUAAUGACCGGGUGGAACCCAGUACGGCUCUACGAGCAGCUGCUGCAGAAAGAGAGGGAGGAACCCGCGGAUCGGUGGCUGAGCUUCGAGGAGCGCCAUCUCCUCGACGAGCUGUACAUAACCCAGCGACGGAUGAGAGAAAUAGAAGAGAGGCUGCAAGGCCUGAAGUCAGUAGACACGACCAAAACACCUGCCUUAAAAUUUAAGGUAGAAAACUUUUUCUGCAUGGGGUCCCCCCUGGCCGUCUUCUUGGCCCUACGGGGCAUCCGACCGGGCACCAGCGGGAGCCAGGACCACAUCCUACCCCGGGUCAUCUGCAACCGGCUGCUCAACAUUUUCCAUCCCACGGAUCCGGUGGCCUAUCGAUUAGAACCGUUAAUUCUGAAGCACUACAGUAACAUCUCCCCCGUCCAGAUCCACUGGUACAACACCACAAACCCUUUACCGUACGAGCACAUGAAGCCGAGCUUUCUCAAUCCAGCAAAAGAACCUACCUCAGCCCAAGAGAGCGACAGCCUGUCAAGUAUCCCGAGCCCAGUGACUUCUCCGGUCAUGUCCCGAAGACACUACGGGGAAUCCAUCACCAACAUAGGCAAGGCGAGCAUAUUGGGAGCCGCCAGCAUCGGGAAGGGGCUCGGAGGGAUGCUCUUCUCCAGGUUCGGGCGGUCCAGCAGCUCCACCUCGUCGCAGUCGUCGGAGACGUCGUCGAAAGAAGGGAUGGAGAGCGGCGAAGACAAGAAGGCUCCCGGGGCCCAGGCGGUCGUCCCUGUCGGCGGACCCCAGCCCUUCCCUCACAGCGGCUCCGGCUUCCUGGAUUCCACAUAUUUCAGACUCCAAGAAUCGUUCCUUAACCUCCCACAACUUCUUUUCCCGGGAAAUGUAAUGGAGAAUAAAGGCGAUUUCAUCGUGGAACUGGAUCACAGGAUCGACUUUGAGCUCCGAGAAGGCCUGGUGGAGAGCCGGUACUGGUCAGCGGUGACGUCCCACACCGCGUACUGGUCUUCCUUGGACAUCGCCCUCUUUCUUUUAACCUUCAUGUACAAGCACGAGCAAGACGAGGACGAGAAACGGAGCCUGGAGCCCAUCUGAACUCUUCGAAAGCACUUCAGUGGCAGAAAACUGCACGUUCAAAAAGCCGCGGGUGAAAAGACGUGGAGGUUUCAGGUUUAACCCGGUUUGGAUUCGAUCUGGUUUCUAAAGAGCAAGCAAACUUGAAUUUCAAAGCACCUUAGUUUUAUUUGAAGCAUUUUUCCGUGCCGAAGAAGUUGAUUCCAAGUUCUCGUUCUUUUUCUUUCCAGUGUCAAUACCACGUAGCAUCACACAGAGAACUGUGGGUGAGGAAGGCUUGGGAGACCUUGUAUGGUAGAAAAUCAUAACCGCUCUUGGGUUUGUCUAGAGUAUGGAAAUGACUUAGUCGAUGACAUCUAACUUAUUAACAAAAUAUAUGUCGUUACAAACCCUAAACUGCCACGGUCCUGUUUAUUUGAAUGUAUCAGUAAAUGCCGAGGGGUGGUGUUUCUUUCCCUGAACCUUCGUUGAAAUCGUUUCUCCCCGUUCCGACUGAGAGGCCAGUCUAGCUGCAGGCUUAAAGGAUGUGUUCACUUCAUCUUGUUCUAGAAAAUUAAUGCUGUAAAAGCCAGAAGCAAAUGAACUACUGUAUUUAUAUAAUUUAUUACCUCUGACUAAUUGUUCCAGUGUAUGAAGCAUUACUUUUUUUACUGCUUUCUUUGGGCAUAAUUUAAGAACCACGUUUAUUUUCUACAGCAUUGAGAAACUUUUUCCUCAGAAAGACAUAUCUUUGUAUUCUUCAGAUGAAUAUUUGGACACAGUGGCACACUUUCAGUAUUUUUUUUCAUUAAAAAAGUUUGUGGUUUCACACAAAUGA